CAGGCUAACAGCCAUUUACUCAGGGCUGUCUUUAAGCUUGCAGAUUCGCAAAGUGUGGCAGAUUCCCAGAAAAGAAGAAACAUAGAAUACAUGAGGAAGAGUAAAGUCUACUAAUGCUGAGAGGCAUCAUAAGGACUGAGAGGCUCACCGUAUGUCCUUAGCUUCUGCGUCUCUCCCCCGUCUUUCUCCAAGUGUCUACGAGAGAUCUCACCAUGGAAGAUGAGUCUCUCCUCGGGGAUUUGCCCAAUCACAGCAAGAUUACAGGCUGCAGAGAGGAAACAGACAUAUCACUCUCUGGUGCUCUUCUACCUUUGGGUGUUGGAGUCAGUCAGAGCCAUGGGGAGUUAUUUUAUGUGGACCCAAAAGAAGAGGAUCCCAAGAGGAGCAGUGAAUCAGUGGAGUCUACUUCUGAAAAUGCAGCUUCGGGGAACCCUGAUGUCAUUCUGAAAUGGAGGAGACAUAUUCUGCCACCUCCCAUGGUUUACCUCAACCAUCUAAAAGAGCCCUUGAAUGCUUUGGGUCUUUGUGAUUCAUUGAAUUCGACCCAGAAUGUGCUGGAUAGUGUGGAGGGAGGCAAUGGUGCAGAGGAUGAUGGAACCCCUACUGGAGAAGGGACCAGCCAGUGUGCCGUGGCCCCUGAAGAGCCCCAGCAGGGGGCAUCUUGCUCCUCAGUGAUGGCUGCAGACUCGCAUGACGGCAUGAUGCAUGAUUUUCACGUUAAGUUGUUGUGCCGUGAGGAACCUGCUCAAGCUAGCCUUGCAGCCAUGGUGUCCAGUUUCAGUGAUUUGGGGUUGCCCUUGGAAUCUGAUACCCACCUCCCCGCGGAGGUCUCCAAUGAACCCAUCUCCCCAGAAAUAACCAUCGAAGCUCCAAGCCUGAGUGACCAGCUGCUCUCUCAUACUACAGAAAACAUCCUUGGAGGUUCUAGCCAGAGCCUGGAAUUUGAGAGAAAUUUGAGAAAGCCAGAUGAAAUGAAUAUGUCUACAACAAGCUUGUCAGCCUCCGGACAUUAUGACUCCCCAAGAAUGCUGCAGGACAAUGGAAGCUCUGAGUCGACAUAUGCGGGGAACAGUUCCGGGGUCCAAGGUCCAAAUGCUGUACCUUGUAGUGCCAAUAGGGGUGAGGAAGAAGCAGAUGGAAAAAAGACUAACAAGAGGAGAAGUAGUCGAAUAAAGAAAUUUGCAGGGAAAAUCAAGCAAAAAUUGAGAGAAAGUCGCAUUGGCUCAAGAAGAAAGGAGAACAAGGAGGAGCAGCUGGAGAUAUGUGAGAAAAAUGGAGAAACUCAGCUGGCUGCCCAGAAACAGGACCAUGGCGCUCUCCAGCAUCCAAAUCAGCAGCCAAUUAUUAAGGAUGAUUAUAACAAAGGUGUAGCCACUGGAAAUCAGAUGGAGGAGAAGGCUGACUUAGGCCAGAUCACGUCCAUUCAGCCGAGGCAUCGUGAGGACUCGGAAGGAACCUCUCAGAAGAGACUGCAAUGUAAAUCUGAUGACAUCUAUGAGACCUUGGAGUCAUAUAUGGUGCAGCAGGAGGUGGAACAAGAACAAGAGGAGAUGACUGCUGACUUUUCAUGUAUAAAGUCAGAGCAGGUUCUGGAUCAUUCCGCUGUGAUAAGUCAUCACCACCUGAACAGGCAGCUGAGUCUCAAGUCCCAAAAUGAUCACGAGAGGGAUCAGGGGCAGGGGAAGGCACAGGAUGAGGGCACCAGGAUGCCUCACGAUUCUGCAGAGUCGCAGGCAGCCCCGGAUCCAAGUGCUGUGGGACUGGGAGGAGCUGACUUUGGUCGCGUGCACCGGAUUCCACGCUUCGGCAUCUUCAAAUCACCCCCUCCUCCCUCGGCCUGUCCAGUGCCCCCCCGCUCACACAGAGCUUAGUCCAGUCCCCCAUAACGGUGCAGGUGCAUCCAUAGAUACCAUACCUCCUGGAGGUGGGUGUCCUCUUAUUGGUUAAGGGGUCUGAACCCUCUUCUCAGUGUGAGUCUCAGCUUUAUGGGGAACAUAUUAUGUUGAACAAAUAAAGGCCUCAUCUGGUCACCUCUAAAGAACCAGGACUUAUGAAGAAGAUAGCAGAAAUACUAUAGGCCAAUACAACAGAGCCUUCACUGUAUCAUGUGACCUAGCAGGAGCUUGUGCCUCUUCAGUUUUUGCCGUAAAUGGUCAUAGAACUACUAAAGUUAUUAAAGUAGCUAUGAACAACUUCUGCACUUUACUGACAUCCCUUCCCCUUGCCAUAAUGGGACAGGGUGAUUGCCUGCGUUGUGCAGCUUUGUGUAGCCUUGCAUGCCUCCUAUUGUCUGUGGAGUAGUUUGACUCUAACUGGGUAAACAGUAAUUGAAAAAGUGUGUGAAUGUUGGCUCCAUCUUGUGGUCAAAUUGUAAUAUAACACAACUCAUUUUCUCA